AUGUUGGAAUGUUGCGAGCAAGUUGGCGUUGAAACUGGGACGGGUUUGCAUUUGGAUAUCCCCACUAGAUGGAAUUCUACUUAUACGAUGCUUAAAGUUGCUAUCAAGUAUGAGCGUGCUUUUAGUAGUUUGCAUUUACUUGAUCGAAGCUACAAGUAUAAUCCAUCAAGUCAAGAGUGGCAACGAGGAGAAAAGAUUUGUGAUUUUUUGGAGCCAUUCUACGAGAUCACUAAUUUAUUUUCUGGGUCUAAAUAUCCUACCUCCAAUUUGUAUUUCUUCCAAGUAUGGAGAAUAGAGUGUUUGCUAAAAGACUAUAUGACAAAUGGAGAAGAUAAAAUGAUUGAAUCUAUGGCCAACAACAUGAAGGAGAAAUUUGACAAGUAUUGGGAGGAGUAUAGUAUAACACUUGCAUUAGCAGCUGUUUUAGAUCCUAGAAUGAAGUUGGAAUUAUUGGAAUUUGCCUACAAUGAGGUUGAUCCAACUACUUCCAAGGAAAAGAUAGGUAUUGCUUUCAAAGUAUAUGAGAGAAGAACUGCUGCACAAGAGGAACGAUCUGCUUUGGAAAUAUAUUUGGACGACAAAAGGCUAGAAAUGAAUGAGUUUGAUGACAUUGACGUGCUACAAUUUUGGGACAGCGGUAUGAAUCGUCUUUGUUCGUCUAACGUCGAAGCGCUUAUUUGCACGCGAAAUUGGUUGAUUGGCUAUGAGACCGGUGUGAAUGGUGAAAAAUGCGAUGGUGAAGAUAAUGAUCAUAUUGAAGUGGUUGUUGAUGAUGACAGUGGUGGAAACACCGAGAAAGAUGUUGAGAAUGAUGAUGAUUUACAAACGAUUUUAGAUAGUUUUAGAUUGGAUUAA